UUUUUUUUUGCGUGAUCCGUUUCCUGUGACGGAUGGGCGUUUCCCUUGUUGACAGAACAAUUGGAAAAGAUAUUCUACGGAGCAAGCAAGUUAGGGGUUACCAGCUGGAAUGUCUUCCGUGUGGGAUGAUUUAAAUCUUCUUCUGGAUUCAUCAGACUCACUCUCGAUUACUUCUAGUGCCAGAGGAACCAUUAAAGAAAAGCCAGGCUUCAGACCAGCUGAGGAUGCUGCAGCUCUAAGGGUGGCCAUAGAAGGCAUUGGCACCACAGAGAAGACUCUGAUUGACAUUCUCACUCAAAGAACCAAUGCCCAGCGUCAGUUAAUUUGCAAGGCCUACCAGGAAGCAACUGGAAGGACUCUUGCAGAUGACCUGAAGGGGGAUACUCAUGGAGACUUUGAGGAUAUACUGGUGGCUCUGAUCACACCGCCCACUCAGUUUGACCUCCAGCAAUUUAAACAGGCAAUCAAAGGGGCUGGAACAUCAGACAGCACGCUGAUAGAGAUAUUUGCAUCCCGAACAAACAAUCAGAUCAAGGAUCUGUCUGAUGCUUAUUUGAAAGAAACUGGAAGAUCAUUACUUCAUGACCUGCAGUCUGAGGUGUCAGGAGAUUAUGGGAAAAGCCUGCUUCUUCUAGCAGAGGGUAAGAGGGACGAGAGUCCAAAUGUGGAUGCUGCGAAAGCCAAAGCAGAAGCCAUGGUCCUGUAUGAAGCUGGGGAGAAGAGGUGGGGUACAGAUGAGAGCAAGUUCAUUGACAUCCUGUGUUGCAGGAGUGUUCCUCAGCUCAGACAGACCCUGGUGGAGUAUAAGAAUCUGACAGGAAAGACCUUACAGCAGAGCAUCGAAAAUGAGAUGUCUGGAAAAUUAGAAAAGAUUCUGGUGUCCAUAGUGAAAUGUAUGAAGAGUGUUCCAGCUUAUCUGGCUGAGCACCUUCAUGAAGGUAUGAAGGGCAUGGGAACCACUGAAUCUAUUCUGACCAGGAUCAUGGUGAGCCGCUCAGAGAUUGAUCUGAUGGACAUCAAGGUGGAGUAUAAAAAGCUGUUUGGCUGCUCCUUGUACUCUGCUAUUGAGGUACGUACUAAGAGACAAAGGAAGGCUGUGUCAACACUGACCCACAGUAGUCACACACAAAUAUUGAUCCAUUCUCUCGAUUUCCUUAGUAGUUCUUUCCUGUGUGUGUCUCUUCAUCUUCACUUUCCAUCUUUAGGUUCUGAUUUACUGUUUCAUUAGUUUAUCCAUGAAUUAGCAUUUUCAUUUAUGCAUCCUUAAUGUCUUAAUUCUGAAUGAUUUAUUUUAUAUUGCUUGGUUCUUUCAGACAGACAGCAGCAGUGUAAAGAGGUGUUUACACUGGGAAGGGAUGAAGAUAGCUAAUCUUGUCCACCCUGUCUGUAGCAUUAAUAGUUUUUAGUGACAUUACCCUGCACCACUAAUUUUGUAUACAGGCAUAUUCAUUAUUUUUAUUUCUCUUUCUUUCUUUGCUGAGAGAGGACGAUUUCUCUGAUCUGUGUCUGGAACAUCAUCUCAGACCCCCCCUUUAUACUAAUGUCAUGAUGUAAUCUGAGAGGUUGAGCUCAUCAGAUUUCCUAUUUUACAUUUGCUCUCAGCAUGAUUCUAGCCAUUGUGGAAAUCAAGGCAACAUUUUACCAAACUUCAACACUUUUCAAUCAGUGUGCUGUGCUUUUCUAGCUGUUUAGCAGACUGUGAAGACUAAAUGACAUGACUGCAAGGGCCCAUUUGCAAUGGGCAUGGAUUCAUGCAAUAUGAAUUUGGGAAAAAAAUGGUGGUAUGUUCUAGGAAGAAAGAAUAAAUGUAAAAAUCUGUCAUUAAUAAUCUAGAUUUGUGCUGCGCUGUUAAAUGAAUAUGCAAAUGUAUAACCAGAACAUGUUGCAUCAGAAAACUGUUUGCUUAUAUUUACAUAAAAUGUUGCCUUUCUUCUGCAGUCUGAGACCUCGGGGGACUAUCAGCGAACUCUGCUGAGGAUCUGUGGGGAGCCUGUCUGAACUAAAACUGUCCAAAAUCAGCGUGCAGUCCUCAGACACGUGACUGCUGUGUGGAAACGCCGGGCCAUUCCUGAGUUUGGUUUCACUUUGAUCUCCCAAAUAUAGUGUACCAAAGCUUGAGAUCGACCAUUUAAUAGUUAUGACACUCUUAUAAGGCUGUGUAUAACUUAUGUAUAAGACUAGUUUGGAAAGUAUGUAGCAGGGAUGGCAGAUUAUCAAAAAUAAUACACUGAAAUAAUACUUUAACAAGAGAGAAUUUAACUGGUUUUGUCUUCUUCUUCCUUGUCCCAGCAGAGGGCAGUGAUGUGCACAUAAUUCUCAUUUAUGAUGUAAAAGUUGGACUAUUUUAGUAUUUUGAUGUGGUAUAUGUGUCCUUUGUAACAAAAUACAACAUUAACCUUAGAGGGAAGUUGCAGAAAUGGUCUGAAAAAAUUAAAACAAGUGCCCUUUCACUCUUAA